CGCUCAGUGGUGCCUCUGUGGAAGGGAAUGGCGGGGAGUGAAGCCUGAGAGAGCGGGCCGGGACCGCGACCGCGGAGGGGGAUGAGGUGACGCCGCCAUGGCGAGCGACGGGGGCAGGAAGCAGUUCUGGAAGCGGAGCGGCGCGAAGGUGCCGGGCAGUAUUCAACAUGUGUAUGGAGCUCAGCACCCACCUUUUGAUCCAUUAUUGCAUGGAACCUUAAUAAAACCAGGCUCAAGGCCACCUACAACUCCAGUGAAAUUAAAGAAAGUCAGCACCUUCCAAGAAUUUGAAAGUAACACAAGUGAUGCUUGGGAUCUUGGAGAUGAUGAUGAUGAACUUUUAGCAAUAGCUGCUGAAAACUUAAAUACAGAAGUGGUCAUGGAAACAGCUCACAAAGUAAUUCAGAAUCACAGCAAGCUACAAGAACAGCAUAAAUUUCAGGAAGAACAUCUACAGGAAGAAAAGCAAGAAGAAUCUUCACAGCUGACCUCAGUUGCAUGUGGUGAUAAUAGGCUUGUUAAAUCAGUCAGUGAAGGUCAUACAUCGAGUUCAUUAGAGAAUGCUAGUGAAAAUUCUUCCAUGCAGAGAUCACAGUCACUUCCCCAAACUUCCAUACCUCCCUUGACAAGUGGGGUGGCAGACUUCAACACCUCAGUUACUCCUGCAUUAACUGAGAGAGAAGCAUCUCGAUUAGACAAAUUUAAGCAGCUACUUGCUGGCCCAAAUACAGAUCUUGAUGAAUUGCGAAAAUUGAGUUGGUCUGGCAUUCCCAAACGGGUUCGUCCCAUUGCAUGGAAGCUUCUUUCAGGCUAUCUUCCUGCAAAUGUGGACCGAAGAGAAAGCACUUUACAAAGAAAACGCAAAGAAUAUUUUGCAUUUGUUGAGCAAUACUAUGAUUCCAGAAAUGAUGAAAACCACCAAGAUACCUACAGACAGAUACACAUAGAUAUACCACGCAUGAGUCCUGAAGUUUUAAGACUUCAGCCCAAAGUAACAGAGAUCUUUGAAAGAAUUUUAUUUAUCUGGGCAAUACGUCACCCAGCCAGUGGAUAUGUUCAGGGCAUAAAUGAUCUCGUUACGCCUUUUUUUGUCGUCUUCGUUUGUGAAUACAUAGAAGAAGAAGAAGUGGAAAAUUUUGAUGUUUCCAGUCUGCCUGAAGAAGUGCUGCAGAACAUAGAAGCUGACAGUUACUGGUGCAUGAGCAAGUUGCUUGAUGGCAUUCAGGAUAACUACACGUUUGCACAGCCAGGAAUCCAGAAGAAGGUGAAGAUGUUGGAAGAACUUGUUAGUCGGAUUGAUGAACAAGUUCAUAGGCACUUGGAUCAGCAUGAGGUGAAAUACUUGCAGUUUGCUUUCCGUUGGAUGAAUAACUUGCUGAUGAGAGAAGUCCCUUUACGGUGUACCAUCAGGUUAUGGGACACAUACCAAUCUGAACCAGAGGGUUUUUCUCACUUCCACUUGUACGUCUGUGCUGCCUUCCUUGUCAGGUGGAGGAAAGAGAUCCUGGACGAGAAAGAUUUUCAAGAGUUACUGAUAUUUUUACAGAAUUUGCCCACAGUACACUGGGGAGAUGAAGACAUCAGCGUGCUCCUGGCAGAGGCCUACAGACUGAAGUUUGCAUUUGCAGAUGCCCCCAAUCAUUACAAGAAGUGAAUACAAAAAGACAGAAAUCGUUAGAACCAACGUCUUCUGCAGUAUUAUGGCAUCUGUUGUUCUGCUUAUGCUUUCAGCUCAUUGCUCUUUCAUUUGAAGUAAGAUGACCCAUUAAAAUUCUGUUAGAAUUUGCAGAAUGAGAACGGAAUACCAAAGAAGUGGACAAAGCAGGAUAUCGAGCACUGAAUGAACUUCAAAGUGAAUUUUUUUGCUCCACAUGAAAAAUUAGUUCAGAAGUCUUAAAAUAUAAUUUUCUUCUUUUUUCUUCUUCUCUAAGUAGGAAAAUUUUAGUCUGUCUUACUUAUGUUGAGCGAUUUUUCUAUAUACUUUAGACUUAAAACUACUUAUGGAAUGAUUUUGUCAUUACUUCAGUGUCACCUGCCAUGGCUUUAUAAACCAGUUUUGGUCGGUGAAAUUUAUCUACUUUUAGUGGCAAAAAAGAACUUUUCCAUGAUCAUAUAGACCAUAUGAAACAGCAAGGCUUGAGGUCUGGUUAUAACUCAAAAUACACCGAUAUUUAGCACACCACCAUCUGUUGUUUUUCCAUGGAUUUAGGUUAGAAUAUUACAGCAUAUAAGAAUAUAGAAGGUUGUAAUGGAAAUUGGUGGCAUUUUUCUAAACAUUAUUCAGUCUUGAAGAAUGCUAUAGAAGCUUUUUAGCCAUAAAAAGGAGUUACUUAAAUCUGAAGACUCAUCGAUUAUACGGAAAUAAAUCCCUCCCAAUAUAUUUUGGAGUGCUUUAAAACAGUGAAUUAAACAGAAGGCAUGUAACGUUUCUCUUUUAAGGCCUUGCAAUUUUUCAGCAUGGAAGUUCACUUUUAAGAAAUGUAUUAAGAAGCUUGGUUUACAAAGCAAGAUAUAUUUUUAUCUCAGUUGUUGCCUUAUUCUCCAUUUCUAGAAAGUUAGAAAAGGAAAAUUAAUAUAUCUUUCCAAAGCUUUUUUGUUAAAUAAUUUAAUGCCUUUUUUUCCUGAUUAUUCAGAG